AUGGACCUUCUCUGCAACGCUUACUAUUCAAACACCUCGGACGACGACGAAGAAGAGGAAGCUCGACCACUUAAACAACCCCGACCCGAAACCUCCACACUCCCGAAUUGGAAGCCCCUCAAACCCAACAACCUAGUUCACCAUCCCAACACUUAUCUCCCUCCUCCGACCGCCGCAGCCCAGUUUCCGGUCAUCCCAGCACAGACCCAUGUCCCCGGCAGAUACAUAUCCAAGAUAGAGCGGGCUCUUCUGGGCUACCAGCCCAGCAUCCACGACCCGAAUCCGAAUACCCUCCCCACUACCUCCCCUGUUUUGGGGAGUAUUUCGGAUUGUAAUGUUCGUCGCGAUGUUAUGUCAUUGUUGAGGAAUAAAGGAAAGGAUGGUUCAAAGCAUGGUCGAAUGCCUGACAGAAUGUCUGUGUGUCUGAAUAGACAUACCAAAGCUGUCAAUGCGGUACAUUGGUCACGUAGUCAUGCUCAUCUUCUUGCCUCUGCUUCGAUGGAUCACACAAUCUGCAUAUGGAAUGUGUGGAGCAGUGACCAGAAGGUAGCACAUGUGCUGAAUUUUCACAAUGUAGCUGUCAAAGAUGUAAAAUGGUCGCGGGAUGGAUUGUUUGUGCUUUCUUGUGGAUACGACUCAUGCUCAAAGUUAGUGGAUGUUGAAAAGGGGAUAGAGACACAAGCUUUUAAGGAGGAUCAAGUUGUCAGUGUUGUUAAGUUCCACCCUGAAAAUUCAAAACUCUUCAUAGCUGGGGGAUCAACAGGGAGCCUCAAGCUGUGGGAUGUUAGAAAUGGCAAGGCGGUUCAUAACUACCUUCGUGGCCAAGAUCCUAUCCUUGACGGAUUCACAAAGAAUGGCAAGCAGAUGAUUUCCUCAAGUGAUGUAUCUGGACGAAACCAUAGUGAAAAUUCUAUUGUUGUUUGGGAUGUUUCGCGAGAAGUUCCUCUGUCUAAUCAGGUGUGUGUAGAAGCAUUCACCUGUCCCUGUGUUAAAUUCCACCCUUUUGAACAGUCAUUUGUUGCCCAGUCAAACGGUAACUAUAUUGCCAUCUUCUCUGCAAGCCCUCCCUUCCAGAUGAACAAGUACAAGAGAUACGAAGGCCAUGGGGUAUCAGGGUUUCCGAUAAAAUGUGUUUUUAGCUUGGACGGGGAAAAGCUACUGUCAGGCUCCUCAGAUGGUUCAAUAUACUUCUAUGAUUAUGCGUCUUCUGACGUUAUCAAGAAAACCAAGGCAUUUGAGCAGGCCAGCAUAGAUAUAGCUGUCCACCCAAUCAUACCUAAUGUGAUUGCUGCGUGCAGUUGGGCAGGAGAAGUUACUGUGUUUGAGUAAGGUGUUUAUCACUGCUUUAUCUGAGCUCUUUCCAUUGCAAGGCAGUCUCUGUUUUCCUAAGAGAAAUUGAUGCAGAUGGAUAUAACGAGAAGUCUAGAACAUACAAAGGAUUUCUAUUAUUUGUGCAGAGAACUUUGUAUUUUUAUAUGACCAGGCCAUAUAUAACUUCUCAAAUUUAGAAUUUCAAUUACUGUUA